GCACUCGUUGCGAUGGCCAUGGUCGACCUGCUCCUGCGGCGCCUGGACCCUGUCGUCUACGGCCCGCUCGUCGCAUUUGCGGCGCCUACCCACACUUUUUUACAAGAGCUGGCGCAGCAGCAGCGAAAGCCAACUGUGAUGAGGUUGCAGAUUCCCGAGAUCUCGCCGAGACGGUCGCCUCGCGCGUCGCCGCGGCCCGCUGCGCCGUCUCCGGUGGCGCUGCCUCCGAAGCGCUUCAUUGAGCUGCCAAAGACCGAGGUUCAUGUGCUCGAAGUCGCCGUUUACCUCCGCAGCGUCCUCUUGCAGUUGGUCGCCAAAGACGCGCCAAAGAAGACGCUUCCGGCGCCGCCUCUCGACGCGCUGCAGGUAUUACGCCAUACCAAAGUCCAGUUGCGCCAAAAGCAGUUCUUUCCCGGCCUUCUCGUCGCCCUGCCAGCGCGCCACGGCACCAAGGCAAAGAGCAGCUUGAACGGGCUCGAGGCCAACCUGCACCAAGUGUUUUCGACGUCGAUUCUGUGCAUCCACGACGUCAUUCGCAGCAUCGGAGUGCACAGCGCCGAGCUCGCGUCCUGUGCCUUUGGCCUCCUCGGCGACAUCCUCGUCGCGAUCCAAGCCUACCUGGCCGAGGUUGCCGAGCAUCGCAAGGUCCAUCGCGCGCGCAUCAAGAGUCUUCGCGUCCGGCGCCAGGAGCUCCGGGCGCAGCUGACAGACCUCGAUGCCUUGGCUGCCAACGCGGCAAAACAGUCGAUUGCACUGGCAACCGUCUUGAGCAACAUCGAGGCCGAGCACGCCGCGCUGCAACGCGAGUGCGACUGGCACAAAACGUCGCGCGACCUCUUCAUCUACACACUCGAAGCGCUGCAUACGAGCGCGGGCUUGCCACCGCAGAUGUUGGUCACGGAAGACGGCGCGUCGCGUGCCCUCGCAGCCGGCAGCAGUCUCUGGCGCACGGCCGACGUCGAGAACAUCAAGUACCUCGGGCAUCUCUUGAGUUUGAGCCGCAGCUAUGUGCACUUGUUCCUUCAAGAUGAGGCGCCCGAGCCCGAGCCGCGACCACCGCAUGGUCGACGCAACUCGAUCAAUGCCCGUCCGGCGCGCAAGUCGAUGCCGGAGAGAACCGAAAAUCUCAAGCAGCAUCUGUUGAACGUCAAGGCCAAAGACAAAGCGGCAGCACCAGUGGUCGACACCGAGGAGCCAGCGGGCGACGUCAUGCACCGAGUGACGCACGCCGAGCUCCUCGUGCUCUCGACGAUCCAAGACAGUCUUCGCGCCGCGGAACGGUUUACGGCCUUGGCGCACCGUCGGCAGCACCUUAUACACUGCGACGCGUCGACGCAGACCCACAGUCCUGCAACGACUGUGUCCUUGAUGCUAGCGCCGCCCCUGCGACUGCGCGAGCUCGUCGCGCGCAAGCUCCCACCAGUGUACCAGUCGGCGCUUCCGAGUCUGCCCGACGACGCGCCGUUUGUCGCCAUGGGUCGCGAAGAGCUGUUGCGAACCAUCGCGCAGCUGUUGGCAGCCUUCGACGAGAACCAAACAGCGUCCCUUGUCCUCUCGAGCUUUGUACCGCUGUACUUUUACGUGCAUCCCAAGCAGACGGGUUGUCCGCAGGUCGAGUGCGCGCGCUUCCUUCUCUCGCUGCACCACGAGACGUCCGGGCUCCACGUGACGAAUCUGCUGAUUGUGUUUGCGGCGCUUCUGGAGCUUGGUUCGACGGCGCUGACGCUGCCACGGCGCGGCCUCGACGCGUUCCUUGCCGCCCGGCGCACGUGUCUCGGGCAUGCCGUCGCCAAAGGCCAGGCCAGCCUCGGGUCCACCGACGUCGUCUGGGGCUUUACAAAAGAGAGAGACGCGCACAGCGGCAACACGCUGCUGGAGACCGUGCACCGCGCGAUCCACGCGAGCUCGCACCUGCUCGGGGUGCGCGAGAAGCAGUCGCAGAUCGCUACGAACAAGUCGUUUGUCGUCGGCUUGGCCGUCGAAGCCGACGGUGUCGCCGAGGUCCAGCGCACGCGCGUGAUCAGCAUCCAGGCGGGGCUCCUCUGCAUCAUGCAGGUGUGGAUCGAAGAGCACCACUUUGUCUUUCAAGUGCUCACGAAUGUGUUCCAGGCCGCGCUCGGUCGACCUGACGGAAGUCUGGCGUUGGACGAGUUUACGACCAUUCUGGGCUACAUGGACCCUCUCUUCACCCCCACGCGCCUCACAAGUGUCUACAUGCAGGCGGCGGCCCUCGCCGAGGGUGCGAAUGCACUGGGCGAAGCCACAGCGCGCGACCUUGUGCGCGUGCUGUACGCAAGCGAUCUCUUCACUGAGAGCAAGAAGCACUGGGUGUACACGCCGCCAAUGCAGCUCUCCAACCAGAAAGCUUGGGAGGACGGACCGGGCGGUCUCAAGGCCAUGUGGAAGAUCGUCCGAGAGCGCCUUCUGGACAAACUCGCCGAGCUCAACGCCGACCAGAUCAACGUGGCGCUCGUGCACACGUGCUUUGAGCGCUUCAAGAAGAUGGAAUUGCUUCUGGUCCAAGCCGAGAAGGCCGGUGUGUUCGACAAUAACAUCGUGGCCGUUGCGUGGUACGCCUUCCACUUUCUGCAGCAGGACGUCGCGUGGACCGCGCACGUGAUCACCAAGCAGCAGCAGCACAAACCAAAGAAGCACCACGCGGCCCAUGGCGCCGCGCAGCGCUGGGACUCGACCCGGCGGCUGGCCAACUUGUACGAGUACGUGACGGCCAAGGACCGGCGCGGGUCGGCGCAGUCGACAGUCGAAUCGUAA